UAUUUCAAUACACCUACAAAUAUCUGAGUUACUAGUCUGGCAGCUGGAGGCAAAAGGCCUUUGGAUUAGUAUUUGUGGUCACCAUAGAAGUGAGUCUCUCAGAGAAGUGUGAAUAAAGAGAAGGUCAUACCAAGAACUGAUUUGGAAGGCUUCUCCACAGGCACUUAAUUCUUAGAAAUUUACAGAUGAAAAAUGCUAUCUGACUAUUAAUAGAUAGGAAUGAAAUAUGGAUGAGGGGACACUAAAGCUGGAAUAGCAAGUAGAACAAAGGGGAUAGGGGACUUGGGGACAUAAGAAACCAGACAAGAGCUGCAGACUUGGACAGAACUAUGUAAGACCUAGAUAAAAAAGGAAAGUUUAGAUAAAAGAAUGAAGAGCUGAAUGUUAUGAGAAAGUAUUUUAAGAAGGACUGGGACAUGGCUACCAGGGAACCUUAAAUAAAAGAAGUUAUACAGACAGGAUAAAAGAUGAGCAGAAACAAAAAAGUUGCCCUAGCUGCUGAUACUGGUAUGGUCAACUUUGCAGAGAAAAAGCCAGAGUUGAUAACAGGCUAGAAAAAUAAAAAGGAAAAGCAGUCAGGUUAAAUCUGUAGUUUAUGUGACAGACAGGCAGGAGGUACAGUAAUGCGUGGAGAGAGUUUCCAGGGGAGAAUGUAAAGUACAUUAAAAACUUGAAUUAGUGCUAAUAACAUUUCCAAAUGAAUAUGCAGAACACUUGAUAUAAGCAGUCAUCAAUGAGGCCUGAACGGACAGAAGAGAAUACAUGCAGCAUAAUCUGAAGUGAGGUCUCCCAGGAUCAUUUGCCGAGCAACAAACAAGGCCUGGGAGAUUUCCUAGUCCAGGGAAAUGGUGUGAAUGGAGAGCAUGGGGUGCGGUGCUCACCAUAGUUCAUUGUCAGCAGUGAGACAAACCAGCCUUUGCAGUAUCCUAGUUACCACAUGUAGUUUAUGAAGGCUGAAGAAGUAUAGACAUUAUUUUUUCCAGAGCUUGAAUCUAGAUGUCCCUUGAUGGCUUUUAAGUGCUGGCACAAAGCAAAGAACAAUAUCCAUGUUCCAACAGGACAUCUAACCCCAUCAAAAAGCCCCGUUGGUGCACUAUUUUAGACAUAUAUUUCAGUCACUGGAACAGGAAUGUGGCUGUGUUUGAAAACUUGUGGCUGUGGUAUAGAAAUAUAUUGAGAAUGAAGAGAAAAAUAACCAGAACAGUAUGAACUGAAGGAAUAAUUGACAAGGCUGCAAAAGCGAGGGAAAAACACAAGAGUGGGUAACAGAUCCUACAGAGAAAUCUAGCUGUGUAGAACCAUGUGAGUCUUGUUAUCAGGUGUUGCACUGGAGCAGAAAAUGCACAUAGCAGAUAGGAAGACAGAGAGAUGGAGAAAGGUACAGUUUCAUUUGCCUUGAUUUUCAGGCUUGGAGUGUUUCACUAACAGAUCACCGGUCUCUGUGGUAACAUUAAUUUAUUAGCUGUAAGUAAGCAAACACAUAAAUGUUUAUGAACAGUCCUGCCCAUUUCCAUUGCUUAGCAUUGCACGCACACUUCCCAUUUCAGUUAGCCACUCAGUUUGGAGUGUGUUUAUCCCCCAUGUCUGUCCAUGGAUGCAAAUACAAAUGACUGAAGGAUCCGUGCCCGCACUUGUGACACUGCCUGUCCCUCACCUGGGCUUGGAGCCCGCACAGAGGAGGCGUGAUGAAGGUUUUGCUCAGGCUUGCAUUAGUGAGGCACGCACGGUCAGACCCAGCACCCCGUGCCUCUGGGGAAACACACACGCCAUUAUCCCCUCCGCACCACACAACUCACUGCUGUGUUUGCCACACGCUGGGUGUCACCCAGCGGGCCCACAGCACACAUAGGAGCCUCCCGUCCCCAGGAAGCCUGACCGUGUUUGCCAUAUGGUCGCACUCACCUGCUAGGGCGAGAGACAGACGGGCAACACAGCACUCAUAAUGAAGCCCCCCACUGGGCUGCCCUAAAAAACGGGGGAAAAAAGUGGCCGUAAGUGCUAAUCAGAGCGCCGUGCGGCCUUGCGGUAGGGCGGGAUGGUGGCACAGCUCUGCCCGCGGCCCGGCCCCUCACGCACGGCCGCCACAUUCGCCAGCUGGGAGACAGCGGCAGCCCAGCGACCGCAGCCCAGCGACCGCAGCCCGCUCUCGGGGUGGCCGCGCGCCGGGGUGGCUUUUCCAGGGCGGGGGGCUCCGUCAGCGCGACGUCCCUUCACACCCCUCGCCUCCCCUCCCUUCCGUUCCCGCCGCGCCACGGCGGCUGCGCGCGGUCUGAGGGGGAGCGCGGGGCUCCCCUGGCGGUGACGUGCGUUGCCAUGGCGACGCCCAGGCAGCGUCUCGCGCCGUGGGGGGGGGCUGAGGGGAUGACAACAAAUAUGGCGGAGAGGAGCAGGACGGCAGAGACGGGUAGUGACAUAGGAGGUGAUGAAAUCAUAGCAGGAAAUGUGAACAAGUAUGCUGUUCUCCCAGCUGGGUAUUCUGGACAGCCUAAAAAAGGACAUCUUGUAUUUGAUGCCUGUUUUGAAAGUGGUAAUCUUGGAAGAGUGGACUACAUCACGGAAUUUGAGUAUGACCUUUUCAUCAGACCAGAUACCUGUAACCCACGCUUUCGAGUUUGGUUCAACUUCACUGUUGAAAAUGUAAAAGAAUCACAAAGAGUAAUUUUCAAUGUCGUCAACUUCAGUAAAACAAAAAGCCUCUAUAGAGAUGGAAUGGCUCCAAUGGUGAAAUCCACAAGCAGACAAAAAUGGCAAAGAAUACCCUCCAAAAAUGUGUAUUACUAUCGCUGUCCGGACCACAGGAAGAACUAUGUCAUGUCAUUUGCUUUUUGCUUUGACCGUGAGAACGACACUUAUCAAUUUGCCUACUGCUACCCUUACACCUAUACUCGCCUUCAGCACUAUCUUGACAACUUACAGAGGAGGAACAUGGACUACUUUUGCAGAGAACUGCUAGGACUCAGCGUGCAGAGACGGCAGCUUGACCUUCUGACAAUAACCAGCCCCGAGGACAAAACUGACCUUGAGAACAGUGUGAUGCAGAAGAAAAUUAAAAUCCCCAAACUCUCUCUCAAUCACGUAGAAGAAGCUGGGGAGGUUACAGAUUAUGGGGAAGAAGAUGUGGAGCUUAGACACAGUAAGAGGCAAGAUGGAAGGAAACAAAGUGAAGGUACACACAAAAGCAUCGAAGCAGUUGUUGCUCGCCUUGAAAAACAAAAUGGGAUGAGUCUCAGUAAUACUUCCAGCCCUGAGGAGGCUUUCAUGGAGGCUUCAGAAGGGAUGAACAACAUGGACGAUGCUGUAGUCCCUCGGAUUCUGUAUGAAGAAUUGCUGAGGAGUUACCAACAGCAGCAAGAAGAAAUGAGACACAUUCAACAGGAGCUUGAAAGAACACGGAGGCAGCUUGUGCAACAAGCAAAGAAGCUAAAGGAAUAUGGGGCACUCGUGUCAGAAAUGAAAGAGCUCAGAGACUUGAACAGGAGACUCCAGGAUGUACUGCUUCUAAGACUAGGUAGUGGACCUGCCAUUGAGCUUGAAAAAGUAAAACCAGAAACAAUUGAGCCUGAACCUGAGGUACAGAAGACCUUCAGUGAGGAAGCAAAUACAUCAACGUAUUUUCCUGCCCCUGUUCCAGUAAUGGACAAGUAUAUUCUCGAGAAUGGAAAGGUCCAUCUUGGCAGUGGAAUUUGGGUAGAUGAGGAGAAAUGGCACCAGCUGCAAGUAACACAAGGAGAUUCAAAGUAUACAAAAAAUCUAGCGGUUAUGAUUUGGGGAACAGAUGUUCUCAAGAACAGAAGUGUCACAGGAGUUGCAACCAAAAAAAAGAAAGAUGCCGUUCCCAAGCCACCUCUCUCACCUCACAAAUUAAGCAUUGUCAGAGAAUGUUUGUAUGAUAGAAUAGCACAAGAAACUGUGGAUGAAACUGAAAUUGCACAGAGACUCUCCAAAGUCAACAAGUACAUCUGUGAAAAAAUCAUGGAUAUCAAUAAGUCAUGUAAAAAUGAAGAAAGGAGGGAAAGUGCAAAGUUCAAUUUGCAAUAAAUUUUGGAUUUUUAAUAAAAUCUUAGUGUUUUA